AUGGCGCAGGAGGACGGGGCCGAGGCCGACGCCGUGCACCUUGAGGUGGAUCCCGAGACGAAGGCUAUCAAGCUCUCGGGGCCGUCAACCGACUUUGCGGCGCACUACACGCUCGGGCGCGAGCUCGGGCGCGGCGCCUUCUCAGUUGUGCGCGAGGUAGUGCACACGGCCAGCGGCACCAAGUACGCCGUCAAGUGCGUCGAGAAGCGCAAGAUGCUCGAAGUGGACUACACGUCCAUGGCGUUUGAGGUCAACACGCUCAAGAAGCUGCGCCACCCCAACAUCCUGACCUUUUACGACAUAUACGAAGACAACGAGUACUUCUACCUCGUGACAGAGUUCAUGGAAGGCGGCGAGCUCUUUGAGCGGCUGGUCGAGAAGUCGUACUACACGCAGCACGAUGCGAAGGAGGUCAUCACGACGCUGCUCAAGGCCAUCAAGUACUGCCACGAGCGUGGCAUCGCGCACCGCGAUCUCAAGCCUGAGAACAUUCUGCUCACGAGCAAGACGGACGACGCAUCGAUCAAGCUCGGCGACUUUGGCCUCGCCAUCACGCACGACAACUGCCGUAGCAUGACCACGCGCUGUGGCAGUCCCAUCUACACGGCGCCCGAAGUGCUCGACAUGGAGACAACGGCGUACGGCAAGGAGUGCGACAUCUGGAGCAUCGGCGUCAUCACGUUCAUGCUUCUCUCGGGGUCGCCGCCCUUUUACGAGUCGAACCUCGCGGACCUGUACCGCCAAAUCAAGGCCGCCGACUACCACUUUGACCCGUACUACUGGGGCCACGUCUCGGAGGACGCCAAGCACUUCAUCUCGCGCAUGCUGGUCGUCGACCCGGCACAACGCGCGACGGCCGAUGAGCUACUGCAGCACCGAUGGCUCGCGGGGUCGUCCCAGGAGCAAAGCAACCCGUCGUUGCUUCAGGCGCUCUCAGAGCUGCGCAAGUUCAACGCACGGGAUACGAUCAAGCGCGCCAUCUCGUCCGUCAAGAUUGCCGUGUCGAUGCACCGACCGAGCGGACUCAGCAGCAGCUUUGUCAGCAGCGAAUGCUCCCGACGGGUCGUCAACGGUAGUCUGACGUCGCCGGCUGCCAAGAGUGCCAGUGGGACACCACCUGUACCGCCAAUGGAGGACAGCGACGACAGCGAAAACGACGUAUUCCAAUCGUUCAUCCAGACGGUGCCGCCGCCGGCCGAGGUGCCCACCGUGACAAAGCCGGUCGACGACAUGCCCCGUCUCUCGACUGGCGACGACGACUGGAUAUGACCAAUGCUAUUGCGAUGUUUGUUUC